AUGACAACAAAAGAAGAUGUUGCUUUCGGAUCCGUAUUGAACAUCAAACCAGAACUGGGAGAUUUUAUAGAAGCAGCGUCAUUUCUUAAAUUUCAAGACUCUUUGGAGAAAAUUAAAGUAUUUGCAGAGGAGGUGACACAGCUAAGAGGCGUUGGGACAUUUUUAUACGCCACAAGCAUAGGAAAAAAGUUUAACGAAUUAAUGGAAGAAUACGAAGUUCGUAUGAAGGAUUUGGGUUUCGUGAUGACCGUCAUUUUUGAUGAACAAUGA